AUGGCCACGGAGCUGGCCAAUGGGAGCAAAGGACGGGCUAUGACUCAUAGUCUGGAAGAGUUGACAACUCAACCCCCCUCGUCUCCCCCUUCAGAGUCUCCUUGCCAAGGACCUCUGGACUUUGUAGCUCAGUGUAGCUCGAAUUCCUCGCUCCCCGUCACCAUUCCACCGUUCGACAUCACGUCGUUCAACACGGACAAACUACAGCCACCAUGCUCUUCUCAACCCCCAUCGUUGCAGCCUCCGGCUCAAGACAAUCCGCACUUUCAUCAGGACGACUUUGUAUUGUACCCCAGUCCUCCCAAGACUGUUCGUCAAGCGCGUCACUUUGCUCAGCGUGCGCCCGUCUCCUCCGCGAGUACCCCUAGGACCCAUUCCCAGACUUCUUCGGAUCUGGCGUUAUCUUGCACUCAAGAUCCUCAGCGGCAUUUGUAUCAUCCACCGCUGCUGAAGAACGUCGUUUUCAGCGGCUCCCUCGUUCAGGAUCCCCGAGUAGCCAAAGUUAUUUCGCAGUCUCAAGGGUUCUCUUCGUCGUCUUCAAACCAGUCCAGUCCUUCUGGGGCGAGGCCCGCAAGUUUCUACGCUGCUUCGGCCCCCUCCAGUUCACCUCGAUCCAAUCGUCCCCCAGUUCCAUUGUUCAACAAUAGCGCGGAAAACAUUUCUUAUCAGAACUUGACCAGUCAUCAAUCCUGUCGUCGCAUCAUGUCUACCCCUACCAUCCCGCAAGGUAAGUUCAUUUUGCUGUCCCUACAACCACGUAAACCCUGCAAGUAUGGAAAUGCCAACGCUGCUCUAGAUUUUGCCGAGUUGCUCGACUUCCCUGCCCACCUUGGUGCAGAGGACCUGUUGUCUUCUGCUGGCACUAUUAAUUUCACCUCCGUCAACAAUUCUCUCAAGUUGACCGACACGGCCACUGUCUCACCCAAGGAUCUGAUGUUGGAUGUCACUUUCCCUCCUUCGACUUCUUUCACGGAUAUCAGUACUCCUUCCUUCGAUUCUCCCGGUUAUUUUAGCCAAAACACUUCGCCUCUUUUUUUCGCAGAUUCCGAUCUUGCCCCCGGCCACGAGCACUGGGACUCUUUAUUCCCUAAUGACCACUCUUGUUCAACCAUUGAGAAGUCCAGCUUGAUCCCAACCUUGCCCAAGCCUGUUUCCGCUUCGGUGUCUUCCUCCUCUCCGGCGCUGAAGGGUGAAUCUUCGUCCGAAGGUUCUCCUCGCCCAGGCCGUUCUCAUCUUCGUCACUCUUCUAUUUCGGGUGUGAAGCCUCGUCAUCGUGAGAAGCCUCUUCCACCAAUCGAAUAUGAUCCAAAGGAUACCACUGCUGCCAAGCGUGCCCGCAAUACUGAGGCUGCUCGGAAAUCCCGUGCUCGCAAAGUUGAGCUGCAAAUGCAAAUGGAGGCCAAGAUUGCGGAGCUGGAAGCCUCUUUAGCUGAAUCUCGUAAGCGAGAAGCUUACUGGAAGUCGGUUGCUGAAGCUAGGGAGUGA